AUCGACACCAAACCGUCUGGCUCCACGCGCACAACAAACAGCAAUUCUCAGCCAAAAUAUUGAGAGUUUGACCCAGCAAUGCCCGCUCGUGAUACUGCUUCUUACCCAGACCACUACCACGACGACCCAAUAAUCGCCCGAGAGCCCAUCUGACUGACCGUCUUUUGAUAUCUGCCCAGGACAUAUACUACUUUGCACAUCUGUCUCCACAUAGCCCAUUAUUCCAUCCCAUCCUGUAACUUGACCACGAAACACACAACACCACCGGCCAUCAUAACACCAUCCAUGGAGAGAGAACGGCAAUACCUCCGCCCGAGGGUAGGGGGCACUGUGACCCCGGGCUCUGACACCCGCCUGAACAGUCGGCCAGCCGAGUGGCCUGAGUGGGAAGGCCAGCAAGGUCGAGGAGAUCAACAACAACAACAGCAGCAGCAGCAGCAGCAACCCAAGUCUAUCCUCCGCAAGUCAGCCAGGCCAUCGACAAGGCCACGCCGCAACUCGGACACGUCCGUCACAUCUUCCAACAUCCCCGGAGUGGGCGCCGGCAGUGACUCGGAGCUGGGGGUCAGACCCUCGCCCAGAGCCCACCACAUCUCAGCUGCCUCCACGCCAACAGCAUCGCCAACAGCGUCGCCCAUGCUCUCACCCUCUUUGCCGUCAGCCUCUACCAGCAUCCUGCCUCGCAAGGUCCUGAAGGCCAAGUUCCCAGGGGUGCCUGCUGAACGACAAGGGACUGUGAACCUUCGGCCCUCCCGAGCCUCUUCUUCCACCUCCAACCUCCCACCCAGCUAUCAUGGGCCACCACCAUCCGUGGCACGCAAUGUGCUUUCCCCCCAGUUCAUGCCUGAUAAUAACAGACAACUGGUUCACUCGGGUCAUCACGAAGCCCGCCAGGAGCACUACGACCGCCCCGAUCGGCGCGAUUACCGCUCUGAUCCGGACCCCGAAACCGAAUCUGUUUCCUCCACCUCGGAGCUCUCGUCCACAACAGAAGCCACUACCGUCAUCUCGGAAUCCUCCGAGUCCUGCGAGAGUGAUGUGACCACUACGGAGGCCAACACCCUUGCCAACACGGGCACCAGAACGCCCUCUGUUCGCUUCACACCCAGUGUUAUCGGCUCUUCAUCCAGUGUCGUUAGCUCUGUCGCGCCAUCCAAGAAUGCCCCCCCUCCUCCCAGCCGCAAGGUCGUCAGACACCGGGUUGGCGGGCCUCAACCAAGGCUCACAUCUUCUGCCGACCGAAGUCUCACCGGCGGAGGUCGUAUCAAGCUGCUCCCUUCCAGCGCACCCCCCGUCGACAUUAGAUACCAAUGGGACCUGGAGCAACGCCAGCAGGACCUUGAGCGGAACAUGAUGCACAGGAUCGAGCAACUGGAAGCCGAGACACGCGCCCUUCGUGAGAGCGAGGCCAAACUCAAGAUGGACCUCGAAGACAGCGCCGCUCAGAUAUCCGCCACCAUGCGAGAAAAGUCUAUGGCUGAGGGUGAGCGCGAUCUAGCUCGCAACGAGAGGGCUGCGCUUGAGAGGGAGCGUGAGCGUGAGCGUGAGCAGGAGCGCAGGAGCAGGGACGAGCUUCUCUCCAAGCUUGACGCGCAAAAGGCGAUCAUCGACGAGUUCCGCAGCAACUCAGACCUCACCAAGGGCAUCCUAGACGAAGUCGAAAAGGAACGCGACGUUGAACGCACCGACAAGGUUGAACUCUACGGCAAGCUCGAGGCCACCAAGCAAGUUAUGGACGAGUUCAGGAACACGAUGGACCUGCAAAGGGUCAUGAUCAUGGAGGCUGAGCAGAGCCGUGACGACAUCAGGGAGAUCAAGGACAAGCUCGAAGUCAGGGUGCAGGAUCUUGAGAGGGAGCUCGAGAAGCUCCACAUCGACCGCAAGGAGCAUGAGGAUCUCUUGUGUCAACAGAUCGUUGCUCUGGAUGUUCGCAACAGUGCCCUCCUUGAGCAGCGUGACAACAGAGACAAGGAGAUCGCGGAGCUGACGGCCAUGCGGGAUGCUAUGAAAGAGGAGAUUGAAGCGCUCAAGGUUCGGGUGUCGGACUUGACUGCAGAGAAAUUGGCCGCCGAGGAGGAACAGCAAAACAUCAAGAUUAAGGCCAGCGGGGAGCUGCAGGAGGUCAGAAGGGCAGCCGAGGAGGAGCAGCAGAGAAUUACAGAGGCUGCAGAGGAGGAGCAGCAAAGGAUCACCAAGGCGGCCAAGGAGGAGCAACAGAGAAUUGCACAGGCUGCAGAGGAGGAGAGACGGAGGAUCACACAGGCAGCCGAGGAGGCGGAGCAGGCUCUGAGAACGACAUUUGCGGCCGACAGGGAGGCUCUUCAAAAGGAGAUUGACGAGGGUCAGCAGCCGCUGCGGGCUCGCAUCGAGGAGCUGGAAAAGGAGAGGGAUGCGUUGGAAGCUGCCAAGGUUGCUUUGGAGCAAGAAAGGAGCGACCUGCAGUCGGCACUCAAUACCGCCAACGAAGAAAUUGCCGCUCUCAAAGCCCAAGUGAAGGAGCUGACAUUGUCCGGUUCCGAACAGGCCACCAAGAUUUCUGCUCUGGAGGAGGAACUUGCAUCAACCCGGACAGAGGUCAGCAGCCUCAAGGCCCGGAUCGAUGGUCUCGAGUCGGACAAGCUCGGCCUUCAGCAGAAGCUCUUGGAUCUCCAGGUCGACCUUGGCGGCAAGCAAAUUCAGAUCGAGGCGCUCACAACCGACCUUGCCGGCUCUAAAGAGGCCAACAUCUCUCUUGCCAGCCAGAAGAUUGAGGUGGCCAACCACCUUAACACGGUGCAGGAGUAUCUUGUCGCUGCCAGUGCCGAGAUUGCACAGCUCAAGACGGAGAAGGACACGAUCCAAGCCGAGGCGGACAAGGUUGCUGGCCUGAUGAGUUCCAAGGCGGCACUCGAGGACAAGGUUGUGGAUCUCGAGGGCAAGAUCUCGACACUGGAGAGCAGGAUUGCCGUGCUCCAGGCCGAAGCGGACAAGAUCCCCGGCCUCACGGGCGAGAAGGAGGAGGCGUUGUGUCAAAUCUCGCAGCUCGAAGGAAAGAGCGUCGAUCUCCAAGUACGAAUCGGUGAACUCCAAGCUGAGCUCUAUGCUAAAACCACUGAACUGGAAGGUAAGCUGGCGCAGGUCCAAUCUGAGGCGGACAAGGUCCCUACCAUCGAGGCAGCCAAAAUUGUUCUCGGAGGCAAGGUUUUAGAGCUUCAAGCCAAGGUUGUCGAGCUGCAGACCGAGCUUGCCAAGGAUCCAGAUGCAGUGGCGGCGGCACUCAGAGUCGAGCUGGAGAUCAAGAGUCAGGAGAUCACGCGCCGGGUGGGUGAGAUCACGGCACUGACAGAGAGCAACUCGGCGCUGUCGGCCGAGCUUGGGGCCACCAAGCAGCAGCUCGAGACGUUGCACAGCUCCUACAACAGCAUCACCGAGUCCUACAACCAGGCAACCGAGCAGAUUAUCGAACUCCAGCACAAGGUUGAGAAGCUGACCCCCUCUUCGCGCCGGUCCAGCCGGUCCCGCAACGCCUCUCCGCAGAAGAAGGACAAGGAGAAGGACAGGGAAAAGGACAAGGAGUCCAGCAGCAGCAAGAAGGAUAAGCAACGGGAACUUGUGGUGGCAUCUCGUCAGAAAAAGCGAAAUAAAACGCAAUUCUCGAUCUUCAAGCGUUAACUCGACUCCCACUCCGAGCCCCCGCCAUUCCGACGCUUCAUUUGCCUCCUCGUCCAAAUGCUGAGCUCAGCACGACACAUGCCACGAGACCUCUCUACGCGGUCAACACUAACACACCACCAUCAUCAUCACCACCAUCAUCAUCAUCAUCCACCGAACUGAAACAAUGAAUAUACCGCUGAGCAGUCGGAUACGAGUCCGAUACAGAAGGAGGGACAUGUUCUUUGGCGACCAACAUCGGGCGGAAGUUUGCUUCUUUGUGUUUCUAUCUCCGUGUUUUAUUCUUUUCUCUCGCUUCACCAUGUACUAUCUCUUUCGCCGGAGAACCUCUGCCCUCUUGAUCGACCAUCUAUUCGGACAUCAGCUUCAUUGAUUUUCGGCCUCGGCCCGGUUCAACAAAAGUCUUUUUGGGUCGACUGUCGUCUUUAUUUGUUUUGUUUCUUUCUUCUUUUAUCAGUUGGUUGUCUUGGAAAGGCGGGGUUGGGUUAACAGUCACAAGGGGGAGGUAUCAUUUGAAUGGGGUUUGGCUGCUUUGCUUUCAUGUUUUGUUUUGGCUUUUUGCUUUUUGGUUUAGAAUUUCUUGUAUUGAGCGCACAGCUCACUGUUUUAUUGUUUUUGGUCACGACUUUUGUUACAGAGUUACGAGUCAUGGCGUGAUGCAAUACUUGAUGAGCAUUCAGAUGGAAAGGAAAAAUAGUAAUCAUAUGCGCAGAGAUGGGUGUGAGAUUUGGGCAUAAUUUCUCGUUUAUGGGGAGGGAAGGGGGAGGAACCGAGGUGGCUGUGGCUGUUGAUCCUGUAGCUGGGGAGAAUUAAUACACUGCUGGAAUAU